AUGAUGAUACUGGGAUGCUUAUCGAGAAACUUGAUCGGAGGAAUUAUGGAUGCGUACCCCGCAAAAUGGACUGUCUAUAUUAGAAGUAUUUGCUUGUCAAUCUUGCUCACUAGAGGUGGUCUCGUUAUGAACAUCAAGAAAAACUAUUUCACAGUAGCAGCUCUCUCUAUAAUUCCAUUAAUGUGUGAGGCUUUGACUAUUGCUUUAAUAGCUUAUGCUUUAUUCAAAAUGCCUAUGAGUUUAUGCUUCGCACUUGGCUUUUCAAUUUCUUGCAUUGGCAUAGCAGUCAUGGUACCUACUCAUCUCAACAUAAAUGCGCUUGAAAAUAUUACAGGCAUCGCUGUUGGCAUUUUACUUGGAUUAUUAGGAUUUGUAUUCAAUUAUUUACCUAAGAAAAAUCUGACAUUGCAUUUAAAGAUGUGGUAUGUAGUAGUCUGCUGUAUCGGUAUGGGUGUUGCUGGGGAGGAAUCUACUUUUUUGAGAUGGUUUUAAUUUUUUGUGAGUCCAUUGUUCUUCAGCUCAGUAGGUGCUUCAUUGAGAUUUUAAGCUAUAAGAUCAUCAGAUGUACCUUAUGGAGUUGCUUGUAUAAUAAGUGGUUUGAUAGCAAGUGAAAGAAAAAAUAAUGCCAACAAAUAAUAUAUCAAGCUAGGAUAAAAACGAAUUUGUGACAUAUAGAUCAUAGGAGGAUUAAAAUUCAUUGAACAAACCUAGCAGUGA